AUGGCGGAGCCGGGCUUGGAACCGGGGCCGGGACCGGGACCGGGACCGGGAACGGCCGAGGCGGUGCUGCGGGAGCUGGCGCUCUUCGAGCUGCGUUGCGACGGGGAGGACGUGGCCGAGAAGCUGCUGGAGCUGAGCCUGACGCACCGGCUGGGCCCCGUGCCGCUGGCCAACGAGCUGCUGGCCUUCGUCACCAGCAAGGACCUCGACCCCCAGCUCACCCUCGACAGCCUCGCCGCCUUCGAGCACGAGGUCCUCGCCAAGAGGGGCAGCAGAGCCUCCCGGAGGCCGAGCAGCCGCCACGGCGGCCUCCGCGACGUCCACUCCUUGCAGGAGCUGCUGGACGAGGACGAGGAGGAGGAGGAGGAGCUGCUGGACGCCUACACCACGCCGUCCAAGACCACCCAAAAACGCCCCGGCGGCCCCCCCGCCACCCCCCGCCCCAAGCGGCCCCCCUCGUCCCGCAGCCCCUACGCGCUGUUCUCCCCCUCCAGCCUCUCCCCCAGCGCCACCCCCCCCCAGCAAUACGCCGCGCGGGGGGGCCGGGGCGAGGUGGUCGCCUCCUUCGGCGGCCCCCAGACCCUUUUUGGGGGCUCCGGCGGCUGCGCCCCCAAACUUUUCACCGCCCCCGACGACUCCCUGACCAAAUCCUACAAAUUCAUGUUCCAAAAACCCCUCGACGUCCGCGAAGCGCUUUGCUGGCGGAUCGAGGAGCUCGGCGCCGCGCUCCGGACCCACCACGGCCUCGAGGACUUCGCCUCGGCGCUCCUCCCGGCUCAGGAACCCGUGACGGUGCUGGGCCAAAUCGCCUGCGACAGCAACGGGAAGCUCAACGCCAAGUCGGCCGUGCUGGAGGGCGACCGGCAGCGCUCCGCGGGCGCCCGCGUCCCCCUCGACCUCUCCGAGCUCCCCGAAUUCUCCCUCUUCCCCGGCCAGGUCGUGGCCGUGGAGGGGACCAACAGCACCGGGAAGAAGUUGGUGGUGUCCAGGCUCUACGAGCCCCAGCCCCUUCCCUUCCCCUCCCCUCCGCCGCCAGCCGCAGGGGCCGAGCAGCGGGCGGUGCUGGUGGCCUGCGGGCCCUACGCCACCUCCGACAGCGUCGCCUUCGACCCCCUCUCCGACCUCCUGGACGUCAUCGCCCGCGACCGCCCCGACGUCUGCGUCCUGUUCGGGCCAUUCGUUGACGCCAAGCACGAGCAGGUGGAGAACUGCCAGCUCCCCGCCUCCUUCGCCGACGUCUUCAAGCUCUGCCUCAAGAUGAUCCUAGAAGGGACCCGAAGCGCCGCCCCGCACCUGGUGCUGGUGCCCUCGCCCCGGGACGUGCACCACGACUGCGUUUACCCGCAGCCGCCCUUCCCCUGCCCCGAGCUGCCCAAGGAGGACAGAGCGCGCGUGCUCUUCGUCUCGGACCCCUGCACCCUGGACAUCGACGGCACCGUCUUCGGCCUCACCUCCACCGACCUCCUCUUCCACAUGGGCGCCGAGGAGAUCAGCUCGUCGGGGAGCUCGGACCGGUUCACGCGGAUCCUGCGCCACGUCCUGACGCAGCGGAGCUACUACCCGCUGUACCCGCCCUCGGAGGAGCUCAACGUGGACUACGAGAGCUUCGCGCGCUUCGCCUGGCUGCCCGCCACCCCGCACGUCCUCGUCACGCCCUCGGAGCUGCGCUACUUCGUUAAGGACGUGCUGGGCUGCGUCUGCCUCAACCCCGGGCGGCUGACGAAGGGCCGGGUGGGCGGCACCUACGGGCGCCUCCUGCUGCGGCCCCGCGACCCCGAGCGCCGCAACCCCUGCGUCUCGGCCCAAAUCGUCAAAAUCUGACCCCAAAAAAUCCACCCCGGUCCCCCCACGGGCGGGAUCUCCGCCGAUCUCUUCGGAUCGCCACGGAAAAAUAAACGGCCGGGCCCGAACGGCGACGUUAAUGAAUUACUAACGAGCAGAAGCAGGAGGGUUUUUUCUUGGGAUUUCGACAGGUUUGGGGGUCGUCAGCCUCAGCUCCCCCCUCGCGGGACCCCGAGGUUUAAUUAAUCACCGAGUAAUUAAUUUGCAGGCGCCCCCCAGGCGCACAAAUCGCCGAUUUCCAGACGGGGCACGGUGUCAGGUUUGGCCCCGAGCCCUUUUUUUUUUUUGCCGUUUUCUGCCUCAAAUCCACAGCUGGGAAACCCCCCAAAGUUUUAGGGAACAGCGUCAGUGCUAAUUAAUUUUCUGCUGUUAAUUACCUCGUUAGUACUGCCGCCACCUCGUGUGGGUUUUGGGGUGCCGCUCCUGCGCCUGUAAUCCUGGAAAUAAAGCAAAAUGUGGGGGAAAACGGUGCAAGAGGCGAUUUUAGUGCUUUUUGGUGCUGCCUCCCUGGUGGGUUUUGGGGUUUUUCCUCCUUUUUUCCUCUUUUUGUUGUUUUUUCCCUCAAUUUUAUCGCCGUGUUUGACGCCGCUCAGCCACCUCGAUGGAGUCUUGGGUGCCUCUAUCCCACCCCAAAUCCACGUUUAGGGGAAAAAACGGGGGAAAAAAGGGAUUUAGGGUGGGAGCUCCCCUCGCCCUUUCCAUCCUCAGCAGCGGGUGAUGCGGGGCUGGGCCCCGAAAUUUCUCUUUUUCACCCCAAAUAUCCACACAAAGCGUCUCGG